GGUCGAUCCCUGCCUUGCGCAUGCUCCGUGUGUCCCGAGGUCGCCCUUGCCGGGUUUCCCACGUGCAGCGUGAACCUGAGGGCAUCAUGCUGUGAAGAGAUGGGGGCCGCGGUGGUUCGCGCGAUCAGGAACUUCAACCUGGAGAACCGGGCGGCCCGGGAGAUCAGCAAGGUGAAGCCCUCUCCCGCCCCCAGGCACCCCUCCACCAAGAGCCUCCUGCGGGAGCAGAUGAGCGGCGAAGCGGAUAUUAAGGGAGAAAUUGGUAGGAAAGAUGACAAAUUGCUGUCAUUACUGAGAGAUGUGUACGUUAAUUCCAGAGAUCCGGUGUCUUCUGCGCAGGACAAAGAUGCUGGAACACCUCAAGAGCCAAAGGAGUUCAGAUUGCCGAAAGGCAAUCAUUUUGACAUAAAUAUUGAGAACAUUCCCAAAGGCAAAGUUUCCAUUGUAGAGGCUUUGACACUUCUCAAUAAUCAUAAACUUUAUCCAGAUACAUGGACUGCUGAGAAAAUAGCAGAAGAAUACCAUCUAGAACAGAAAGAUGUAAAUUCCGUUCUCAAAUAUUUCGUUACUUUUGAAGUCAAAAUCUUCCCUCCUGAAGACAAGAAAGCAAUUCAAGCAAAAUGAAGGAACUCUUGGAAUUACUUUUCCUAUCCCCAUGCCCUGUUUAUUUUCUCAUUUUUAGCAUAUUAAGUUAUAUAAAUUACUGAAUGUUUAAAGCUCCCUUCUCCUUAUGAGUGCAUCCUAUUUAUUGACCUCUGCUGAUAGAAUAAAUUUUGUUUUCAACUUUAAUUUGGUUUAGGCAUGUAUGCAGGUGUAAUAUCAGCAUGACUAACUAGCAGGUAUAUAAAUUUAUUGCACAUAAAAGAGUUAAUUUUAAGUGUUAUUUUAAGCAUAUCAGCAUUUAAGUUGGUCGUAUGACCUCUUAGGAAAUGUCCUGAAUCCCUUAUUUGACACUUAAAGUUUAACUUUCCAGUUCAGGUGGUUAGUUUAUUCUUCCUAUGGAAUAGUGAAAGUGAGAGCUUUCCUGACUCUUAUGACUGACAUUUUCAUGUUAGGGAAAGGGAGGCUUGACAGUGAGGUAGAACAACAGUAUUUCCCAAUUAAAGGCAGACAGGAAACUGGAUACAAAACCAAUAAAAAAUACAUUUUUAUUACUACAGGGAAUAAGAAUUAGUAAGGCCUUUUUAAAAUUUAAUUUUGAAAUAACUUAAAAUUAUAGAAAAGAAUUAGUGUUUUAAAAUUUUAGCAAAUCUGUACUUUGACAAGCAAACAGGUAAGUCCAAGAGCUUUCAUAGAGGCAGGCAGUAGUGGAAGCCAUCUGAAAAAAGGAAAAAAAAUUCUUUGGAUUUACGGUGAAAAUACAAGAAAAUUUUAAAGAAUGGUUAAAUCAAAGAACCAUGAUAAAUUUGGUGACCAAAUAUACAUAUUUUCUCAUUUAAAUGCUGGUUGAAAGAAAAUAGCAAGUAGAAGCAUAAAAUGUGAUCACUGGAAGGGACCUGGGAAAUUGUUGCUGCAUUUAACAAUUUUUUUUUAAAAAAUAUAAAUUGUAUUGAUUUUCACAGAGAGGAAGGGAGAGGGACAGAGAGUUAGAAACAUUGAUGAGAGAGAAACAUCAACCAACUGCCUCCUGCACACACCCUACUGGGGAUGUGCCUGCAACCAAGGUAUAUGCCCUUGACCAGAAUUGAACCUGGGACCCUAGAGUCCGCAGGCCGACGCUCUAUCCACUGAGCCAAACCAGUUAGGGCAUAUUUAACAAAUUUAUGAGCACAACACAUACUUGUACUAGGGUCUUGAGCAAAACUAUAAGUUCAACUCUGUUAUGUUAUUACAUGUGAGAUUUUGGCUGGAUUGUGUAACCUCUUUGAGAAUGAUUUCCUCUAUAAAUGAUUGUAAUGCUGUCUUAACUCUAAGGGUUACUGUGAAGAUAAAAACAAUAAAAGAUAACAAAUAUGACUUUCUUGACCUAUUUAUAAUUAUGACAUAGGCUUAGAAUUUAGGUUUUCACAGUCCUGUUGUAUUUUUCUGCUGUUCCAAUAAGCAUAUCUAAAAAGGGCAUAAGGUGUAUAUUGGGAAAUAUGGUAAGAAAAAUUCCAGGUUAUCACUGUCUUUCUGAAGGAAGAUAGACAUUCAUUACUUCCCAGUUAGUCCCUUAGAAAUACUGUAAGAGACGUGGAGGCCUUCAGCAUGAUUUUAGAAUUAGGCAUUUUUAAUACUAAGAGCAAAAUUGACAGAUGGGAAUUUUAAGCAUGUUUUUAAAUGCAGUUUCAUUAUGUGACUAUACCUAGUUUAAUUAAAAAUAGUUCUUUUUUAAGAAAAGAAUUCAGUAUAAAAUUAUAUUUUAAAACUCUGGUAAAUCAUCAAAACUGCUAUCCUUUAUCAAAUAAAGAUCAAUACUUGAAUCACUAAUACUGCUAUUUCUGAGCCAUUUUUCCUAUUCAAAUCUAUACUGUGGUUGGGCAGCUGUAAAAAUGUGGCUGUUAUGUGGUGUCACAUGAUAAAAUAAAGUACUUCCCAUAUAAUU